GCUGAUGACACCAUGACGGUUUGUCUGUUACCAUGGCCAGUGCAAAAGUCAGUCACUCCCUUGAACAGCUCCUACUUUGCAGAAAUGCACUGAUCAAUGAUCAUAAAGUGGUCAGUUCUACAGAGCUUCAAGUUGCAUCAGCAGUGCUGGCAGCUGUGGCUCAGUGAUGCAAGGAUCCGUUCUUCCAUGUCCCAAACAUCAGUCCUUCCUUUUUUGGACAUCAGAAUCGAUGUGUUCCCUCUAGCUGUAGACGGGCAACAGCUGGGCCUGAGUAGAGCAGGUGGCGUUGAGCUCGUUUGAGCCCUCGGUGGACAUCCAGAGCUGAGCUCUCCUGCCCUCCGGGCUUGUUUCUGUUAAGGUUGAACCAAGAUGAAUCACAAGCAGGCGGGGAGCAGUUUUCAGGAACUUGUCCGGAAAAUUGGAAUUCAUGCAGAAAUGUAGGACACCUGGAUCUACUUUGGAGUGCUCAUGUCCAAUCUGAGCACUUACUGGCUUAGUUUUGGUUAGCUACAAACCUUGAGCUCAUUGGUUUUUGAUUUAUGCUUGUCUGCUGACGAAGCAAGUUUCCUGACUUCUCUCAAAGCUAGGCUGCAAAGGAACCACAUAAUGAACUCACAAAACAUGGUGUGAGGAUGCAAAGAUGGCUUGCUGAGAAUAUUCGCAACAACAGUGACAGCAGGGAAGCGGGGAGUAUAAGGGCUGUCAAGAUGCUGACAUCAUUUGCCGCUGGCAAGGGCCUUGUGCUGCUCACGUUUGCCAUGCUUGGCUGGUACAUCAGCAUGGCUGUGGGCAGUCCAACCAUGAGACAAGGCCUUUUCAGAAGACACUUACCCGUCCAAGUCAUGUCGCCUGAUGCUUACAUCAGCAGUGACGUCACGGCCCAGAAGGCCGAAGACGGUCUUGGGAUCUUUCACAGCACGAAUCGGAAUGAAGACGGCAUCAUAGAUAAGGGCACAGGUUACAAAGGGGAGUUCGCAACAGUCAGCCAGGAUGGAAAACCGGCUACAGCAACAAGGCACGCCAGCAAGGUUGCGCGGGUAGCCGUCCCCCUUCACACGUUCACAAUGCCGAGCUCGACGAACAAGUCACAGCAGUCUCGAAACAAAACGCAUUUAAGGUCAGAAAGAGUUCACCGUGGGCCUGCCACGUGCCCCCCCCUCAAAACCGGAGCGAAUCUGCCCCGCCGAAUCUAUCCUCGUCGGGACCGGGGGAACUGUUCGUGCACCCCGGUGGCGCCGUUCAUUCUGCUGUCGAUGCAGCGGUCGGGGAGCGGGUGGCUGGAGACACUGCUCAACAGCCACCCGAACGUGCAGAGUCACGGCGAGCUGUUCCAAGUGAGGAAGAGGGGGGAUGGGUGGCGGGAGAUGCAGGCGGCGUUGGAAGAAGUGUUUGAGUUUGGGAGAGUGUCCGAGGAGCAGGAAUGCCUCUCGGCUGUGGGGCUCAAGUGGAUGUUGAAUCAGGGCGCCCUUCAGUACCGGCGCGAGCUGGUCGAGUACGUGCGCGCGCGGGGCGUGUCCGUGGUGCUGCUGGUGCGGCGGAACAGCCUGCGGCGGCUCAUCUCCGUGCUGGCCAACAUUUACGACCAGGGGAAGAAGCUGGUGGACGGGAAGAAGCACCGGAGCCACGUGCACUCCGCGGAGGAGGCGGCCAAGCUGGCGCACUUCCGGCCGCGGCUCAACCCCGGCACGCUGCUCCCGCACCUGCGCCACGUGCAGCGGACGACGGACGCCGCCGUCGAUUUGCUCGCGGACACGCGGCACCUGGUGCUCCACUACGAAGACCUGGUGGCGGACUCGAGGGUCGUCGACCGCUUACAGGCCUUCCUCGGGUUGCCCCCCCGGUUGCUGAGGAGCAAGCAGGUGCAGAUUCACCGAGAGGGCCUCGAGCAGCACAUCGCAAACUGGGACGAGGUCAAGAGUAUCUUGACCGGCACAGAGUUCGAGCACAUGCUGCAAUGAGAGGCAGGCGGAAGUUCGGUUCUGCGGUCGACAUCUUUUGAACGUACCGCUGAAUCGCGUGUUGUAAAGUAGAAAGCGGGGGAUUGCCGGGUCAAACGGUGUGCAGGAAAGGUUGAAUCAUUCACCGCCACUCACUGCUUGGGAUGUUGAAGUCCCGGCUCAGAAAUGCGGGAACGGCAUGCGGUGUUUGCGUCCGAGGACGCGAUUCUUUCAUGAUAGCGUGUACGAAGCAACUCGAUAAUUGACCGGACGUUAGGACGUAAGUAGAUGCAUUCCACUUAAGAUAAGGCAGAGCAUUGGAAUUCGAUGCUCUGCUUAGUGGUACCGUUCAAAAGUCUCAGUUGCACCAUCUCCUGCCAAAUGCCUUUCAUCACCUCUG